AUGAAGGUCGCCAUCGUAGGAGCUGGCUUUGCCGGCAUCUCCACCGCCAAGUACCUCAAGCAGUACGGCCACGAUGUCACCGUCUUUGAAGCCUGCGACGACCUCGGCGGCGUCUGGUCCAAAUCCCGUCGCUACCCCGGUCUCGCCACUCAGAACUCCAAGGAGACCUACAGCCUCUCGGACAUGAACAUGCCUCGUCACUACCCUACCUGGCCCGCCGCCCAGCAGGUGCAGGACUACCUCGACGCCUACACCGACAAGCACGAUCUGCGUCCGCUCAUGCAGUUCGGCACCCGCGUCGAACGCGCCGAUCCCAUACAAGACGGUUGGGAGAUCACCACCAAGAAAGGCGCUUCAACGCAAACGCAUCGUUUCCAACACCUCGUCGUCGCCACCGGUACAUUCUCGCGCGGCAAGAUUCCGGAUUACAAGGGGCAGGACGAGUUCAAAGCGGCAGGCGGUCACAUUUGUCACUCUUCCGACCUCGGCUUGGAUCCGCAAACCAUCGCGGGCAAGGACGUCAUCGUCGUAGGCUACGGAAAGAGCUCCUGCGAUGUCGCCAACGCCGUCUCUGCCAAUGCCAAGAGCACAACGCUGGUGGCACGUCGUUUGAUCUGGAAGUUGCCUCGCAUGAUCCGUGGCAUUCCGUACCAGUAUCUGCUCCUCACGCGUCUCGGCGAAUCCCUGUUCGAGUACAUCACACCGUCCGCUUUCGAGAGAUGGUUCAACUCCGGUUCCGGUCGAUUCAUCCGCAACGGGAUGCUCAACUCUCUCCAGUGGGUCGUUACCGGACAGCUCAAACUCGCCCAUCUCGGUCUCGUACCCGAAGGUCCGUUCGAAGAAAUCGCACGUAGCACCAUCUCUCUCUCCACCGAAGGACUCUACAAGAACAUCGAAGCAGGCAAGGUUUCAGUCCGAAGAGACGCUGAGAUUGAGCUUCUCACUACAUCCGAUUCGGGUAAACCCGUUGCUGUUCUCAAAGACGGUUCGGAGGUACCCUGCGAUCUGGUAGUGUGCGCAACGGGGUUCCACCAGGACGUACCUUUCCUCCCCGUCAACAUCCAGAAGAAAUUCCUCGAUGAAAACGACAACUUCCUGCUGCACAAACACAUCCUUCCCAUCGGCGUACCCAACCUCACGUUCAACGGCUACAACUCCUCCCUCUUCUGUCCUACUUCUUCGGAAGCUGCUGCGCUGUGGAUCUCCGCCCACCUCGCUGGCUUAACGCAUCUACCACCAGAAGACGAAAUGCUGGAAGAAGCAAAGUUCAAAUUGGCAUGGUUGGAUGCAAGAAGCAACGGAAAACACGCCCACGGAACAAACCUCGUCCCCUUCAGCCUCCACAGCAUCGACGAUACCCUCACCGAUAUCGACCUCCACCUCUCGACCUGGUCGACCAUUCGUCAGUGGUUGCUACCCGUGAGACCGAGCGAUUACGCUACCCUGGGGGCACAGCUCGGUAGCAGAAUCGAUGCAGCAGCGCAGAAGCAAAAAAGUUAA